AUGGCAGACGCAGAAUUAGAACAGAUCCGAAAAGCGCGCCUGGAGCAGCUCAAGGCGCAAGGCGGCGGCGGCGGUGGUGGUGGUGGGGCAGCAAGCUCAGGCGGCAGUCGCGCAGACCAAGCCGAGCAAGCGAAGCAACAAGAAUCCGAAGCGCGCCAGUCGAUCCUCAACCAGAUCCUGCACCCGGAAGCCGCCGACCGGCUGGGCCGCAUCCGGCUCGUGAAGGAGGAGCGCGCCACCGACGUCGAGAACCGCCUCAUCAUGCUGGCCCGCACGGGCCAGCUGCGGCAGAAGGUCACUGAGGCCCAGCUGAAGGAGCUGCUGAACGCUGUGGCGGAGACUAAAGAAGAAGAAAAGAUCGUGGUCAGCAGACGCAAGGCGUGGGAUGAUGAGGAGGAUGAUGAUUUGUUGGAUUUGUGA